AUGGACGAGCCUAUGAUUGACGCGCAGGAUGUCGCGCAAGAGACUCCGGCUGACGAUGUCUUCCGCGCGCCUUCGAUCAAGACGGAGGAUAUCCUGAAGGGCGCUUCUUAUGCUCACUACUCGCCCAUCCCGGAGGUCAUUGCCAACGACAUGACGACCGAGUGCGUGCUCGGCGUCGAUGAGGCCGGCAGGGGUCCCGUCCUCGGCCCCAUGGUGUACGCGCUGCUCUACCUGCCGCUCUCGGACCACCGCUCGCUGCUGGCCGAGACGCACCACUUCGACGACUCCAAGGUGCUCACGCCGGCGGUGCGCUCGGCGCUGAUGGAGAAGCUGUGCACGGCGGACACGGACCUGCACCGCCGCUGCGGCUGGGCCGCCAAGGUCAUGUCGGCGCGCGACAUCUCGGCCGGCAUGCUCAAGGCGGGCGGCACGUACAACCUCAACGCCCAGGCCAUGGACGCCACCGUCGAGCUGAUCGAGCGCGUCUUCGCCGCCGGCGUCAACGUCAAGGAGAUCUACAUCGACACCAUCGGCCAGCCCGCCGCCUACCAGCGCCGGCUCGAGCGCAUCUUCCCCACCGUCCACAUCACCGUCGCCAAAAAGGCCGACUCGCUGUACCCCUGCGUGUCUGCCGCCUCCGUCUGCGCCAAGGUCACGAGGGACGCCGCCCUGGACGUCUGCUACGAGACGUAUGCUUCGAGUGCCGCCGAGACGGUUGCCGCCGACGGCUGGGGCUCGGGGUACCCGUCGGAUGCGAGAUGCUCGGGGUGGUUGAAGCGCAACAUGGAUCCCUUCUUCGGCUGGGGGGCCGAGUGCCGCUUUAGCUGGGGAACCGCCAAGGACAUGCUGGAGGACAAGAAAAGCGGGCUCAAGGUCGACUGGCCGGUGGAGGAGGACGAGGGCCAGAACAUCUCGUCGUAUUUCUCCGGCUUGCAGGAUGACCAGGGUGACGAGCUGUCGAAUUGGUUCGGCAAGCGCGUCACUGAAGAGGUCUUCUGA